AUGGAUCCGGGUCGGGUAUCAUCGACUGAUUUGACGACGGGUGAAUUGCCAUUCGGGUAUCGGUUCCACCCGACUCCAUUCGAGGUUGUUCAAUAUUAUUUAUGGCCCAAAUUGAAAGGUGAAGGGCUGCCGUCGGGCUACAUUAAAGAUCUUGAUGUGUACAAACUUGAUCCUCGAGAUAUUCCUAUAAAUGUCUCGAAGUACGCAAGAGACAAUGAAGCCUACUUUUUCGUACCAAUUACUCGAGAGCUUGCACAAGCGGUGCACAACUCGACGAGAACAACACCUACUGGAUAUUGGAAAAUGUUUGAAUGGAAUAGUCCUCUUUACGGACCCGAUGGUUCUAUAAUCGGGCACAAGAACAAGCUCAAGUUUUACAAGGGAAAGUAUCCGAAUGGAGUUAUUACCGACUGGAAGAUGGUCGAAUAUCGAACUUGUUUUCGAGCUAAUGACAAUGUUGAGAGUUUAAUGGUUUGUAAAAUCAAGCUCAAGGGUGAAGAAGAGGUUAUUAUUGAAGAAGAAAUAUCAUCAUCUUCUGGAGAAGAAGAUGGUGGCAAUAGUUGA